GCAGAACAAGCUGAAAGGUGCGAUGGAAAAGAGCUCGGAAAGUAUAACGCAAAAACCACAGUUGCCGAAUGUUCACAUUCAAGGUAAAUUAUAUAAUCAUAUACGUCUUUGAUCGAAUCAUUUUUCAUAAAUCUAAUUGCUUCCAUGCGAAGAAGACGGUGAUUUUGAUGGGUACACAUCUAAGGAUGAUUCAGAAUCUUCUCGUCGUCGAUUUUACUUGAUGAAGAAGUUGGGUUUGUUAACGCACGAUCAAGAUAAAUCUCCUAUAAAGACUGAAAGUAUUGUCAUUGCACCAAUUGAAAUAGAAAAUGUGGAGAGCAAAUGCGAAACUGCAUCAAAUGAUAACACAUCUUCAACUACUGUUCUAGCGGACGAUGAAAACAUAAAACAUUUCCUCGAAGAGGAAUCCGCUGUUAGAGAAGAAACAACGCUCGUUGGAGAAGAAAUGAAUCCGGAUAAUAGUAAAGAAGAUACUGAUGAAUGCAUAAGUGAUAUUGCAUUGGAUGUAGAAAAUGAUCUCGAAUUGGAUAGUAUUAAAAGUGAAGAGGAAAUAACGAACGAAGGAGAGGAGAUACAGCGUGAUGAAGUGAAAUUGGAAGAAGUCGUUGAGAGUUUUUCGAAUCUGGAUAUAAAUGAAAAUAGAGAAGAAACGAAUUCUCAGUUGGAAAUUGAAACAGAAUCUACAGUGGAUAAUGAUAGUGCAAUUGAUAGUCAAGAAUCGCCGGUUUUUAGAGAUUGUUCUCUGGAGGAAAUUAGAAUUGUAUCGAACGAUGAAGUAUCGCAAAAUGCUGCCGGUGAGAGUCGGGAGGCGAAGAAGUGUGAAUACUUUACGGUGAACUUUAACGAAGACGUUCCGAUGACGAAGGCAGCUGAGAAUAUCGGCGAUUGCAGCGGAUCCGAGGAGGAUUGCAGCGAUUCUAGAAUAUGGGAGGAAGAAGAAGAAGAGGAGAUUUCGAAGAGGGAUUCUGGUGGUAAAGGGAAACGCAGAGGGCGCAGAAGCGACGAGAAUAAAUGUUCGUUAUCCUAAAUGAACCCCUAACAAAAUCAAUCAAACAAACAAACAAGAAAAGCCUUAGUCGAGAAAAUUACUGUGUUUUACUUUCUGU